UAUCACUAUUAUCGGUAUCUUCAUCUCCACCACUCUGUCCCUCACGGCCAGGGCCUUGUCCUGCCAAGUGCACGGACUGGUGGGCAAGUUCCGGUACCAGUACCGGUAAUACUGGUACCAGCCUUAACGGUACUGUACUGGUAAAAUUUUCCGUACCAGUAAAUAGCCGAAACGGUACUGAGCACGUAUACAGCGUGACUGACGAGAAAGAAAGGGUGUCUGAGGAUAGGAUGUGUGAAUGUGAGAGGAUGGGAUGUUGGAAAAAUGGAAGACCUCAGCAGGGAAAUGAAUGUAUGGAAUGUAGAGGUAGUCUGUGUAACUGAAACCCAGCUAAGAGAGAGAGAGAGAGAGAGAGUAGAACUGGAGUCAGAGAGUUUUAGAAUGAUAGGUAUAGGUAGGAGUAAGCAGCAGAGGAAGGGGGGAGGGGUUGGAGUAAUGGUAAGAUUAGAUGCAGGCGUGGACAUAGAGGAGAUAGACGUAAGGGAGUGUGAGAUGAGUGAGGAUGUUAUGUCAGUGAGAUUAGAGUAUAAGGUAGGCAGGGACAGAGAGAAAAUAAUAUUAAUUGUGUGCUACAUGACCGUUGAAAGAGCAGAAGCGAGAGCUGAGAAUGAAAGAAAAUAUAGGAUUAUUGAAAGGCUGGUACAAGAGAAUAAGAAUGAAAGAGUAAUUGUGAUGGGGGACAUGAAUGGUCAUAUAGGAGUAUUGGGUGAGGAAGUAAAUGGGAAUGGACAAGUGUUACUAGAUUUUGUGGAGAGGAAUGAGCUUGAGAUUUUGAAUGUGACCAUGGCAGAGGGUAGAGUGACAUGGUGUGGAAAGGAAAGUGAAUCUGUCAUUGACUACAUGGUGGUCAACGACAAAGCGAGGGAACGAGUAAAAGGCAUGUGGGUGGAUGAGGAGAGAAAGAUUGAUGAAGCGAGUGACCAUAAUGUUAUGGUAUUGGAGUAUGAGUGUGUGAAGGAGAAGGUAAAAGUGACUACACAGGGGAAGGGAAGGUGGAAAGUUAGAGAGGCAGACUGGGAUAGUUUUAGAGAAGCGAUAGAGAAGAUGGAAUGGAUGACUGGUGAGAACGGGCCACAGACAGAGAGAGGAGUGGAUGAGUAUAAUAGGAGUCUAGUUAGGAAAUUAACCAUAGCUGCAGAGGAGAGUAUUGGUAGGACAGAACCAAGAGGUAUAGGGAGAGAAAGGAAAGGGAAGAGGUGGAGAGGAAGGAAAGAAGGCAACUGAAUAGGAGAUGUAGGAGCCUUAGAAGGUACAGACAGAACAGUGAGGUAGAGAGAAUAGAGUAUGAUUGAGUGUGGGAAGAGUAUAGGAGUAAGCAGCAAGAGGUGAAGGCAUUAAUCAGGAGGGCCAGAGGGAAUGAGGAGAGGAAAAUUAUUGAGGAACUUAGGAGAAAGGGUGAAGAAGGAGGUAGGGAAUGGUAUAAAUUUU